UUGGUUAGCGGAAAGCGCGGUUUGCCGUUCGAUUCAGUGGCAAACGCUCCAGUGUUUUUAGCGUAUUUCAUCCGAAGGAUUGCCGCAGAUCUGGCAGAUAAGUUGUGACGCCUGCGAACUUGGCCACAAAUCAGGGCCUAAUCCUGGGUUGCCGGCCUAAUUGAAUUCGGGCGAGUUAAUUGGCAGCCAAAGUGUUGCCGACGUAAUGAUGCUGCCAUUCAUCUGGCAUUUAAUUUAAUUCUGUUCCGCCGAUCGCUUAGCUGUGCAAAGCCUCUAAUAUUUGAUUAGUGCGCGUUACCAAAAAGUAAAACAGAAGACGGGAAAAUCAACAGAAAGUACGGUUCAUUUGCUAAAUACACGGGACCCAGCCGAAUUUUCCCACUCAACUCGUGUGUGUUCAUCUGUAUAUGAAUGUGUGUAUCUGUGUGUGUGUGUGUGCUCAGUGAGUGAGAAUGUGUAACGAAUUUCAUUUAUUGGCAGCCAGCAACUGAUUUGAAUAUUCACACACACACGCCAGGAUCUCCUCCACUGCCAAAAUACUACUGUACUAGACCAGAUUGUGGCUUCUGUAGGCCAGUGUGUGUGCAGCAUGAUUUAUUGGUCCUGCAGCAGGCGUGAUGUAAAGUGACAAUUUCUGGUAAUUUUCGAUUUACAUGCCGCUGUGCAUAGGACAGACGACCAAAUUGAAAGUUCAAUAAACCCACACAGAAGAGGGAUACCGUAACUAUAGCAAAUAUGCUGUUCAAGUGGCUCCUGUUCAGCCUGUGCAUAAUGCCGGCGAUGUUCAGCAACACGAGGAGGAAGUGCCCCAUUGAAUGCCAAUGCAGCAUGGACGACUUGGAUCGUUAUCAGGCCAUCUGCACAAAAGGAGGUCUGAACUCACUGCUCUCGCCCAAUGAGUUGGACAUUGAUGUUAAGGUUAUUAUCAUUCGGGGCCCACGGAAUUCCAUUACAAUCGGACCUGCUCUGAGGCAGUUCAUGAAACUGGAGAUCCUGCGCAUCACGGACUCCAAUCUGCCGGCAAUCGGAGCCGAGUCGUUUUGGGGCCUCAAGUAUCUGCGGAUAUUAGAUCUUUCCAAGAACAACAUAACGAACAUCACGGAGAACAACUUUCGGGGCCAGGAUAAUCUACUGGAACUGGAUUUAUCGAAAAAUAAAAUUUUACGCAUGGCCAGCUCAACUUUUCGCCAUUUGACGGAUCUGCGUAGUCUUAAUUUGGCCGACAACUCGAUUGUGGAGCUCGUGCAGCGCAACUUCUUCAUGCUGAGCAGACUCAAGUAUCUGGAUUUGAGCGGAAAUCCGCUGCAGGAUUUACAGCCGGAUGUGUUUCGCGAUGUGCCGGAACUGAAAGUGCUCAAGUGCCGCAACUGUCAGCUGAAAAAAAUCAAUCCGCAGAUGUACAAUUUAUUGCCGCUCUUAAGCGAAUUGGAUUUGGGACGCAACGAGUUCAAGUUCCUCGACAAGGAUGAAUUCCGGGAUGUUAAGCGAUUGACCAAAGUUCUGCUCGACGGCAAUCAAUUGUCCGUGGUGGUGGACCAACUCUUUCGCAUGCAGAAGAGUCUUAAUCACUUGGAUUUAUCGUACAACCGGUUGGCCAAAGUGCCCAAUGACUCGUUUCUGCAGCUGACGAACUUGACCUUCUUGGACUUGUCCUACAACAAAUUGGUGCGUCUGGAGCCGCAGUCAAUUAGGAGUCUGAGCAAUCUGCUAAUCCUUAAUAUAAGUGGCAAUGUGCUGAUGGAUCUGAGGGAAAUGAGAGAAACCUUUGAGCUCAUUCCCCAGCUGACCCACCUGGCAAUCGCCGAUAUGGGAACAAUGCCCAUUGGACUGCUGCAUCCUUUCAAGCAACUCAGAUAUCUCAAUAUCUCUGGAAAUUCCUUGAACAACACGGCACUGGAGGUCAUCGAUCCGUGUCGAGAACUGGAGUUUUUGGAUUUAUCUCGGAAUCAAUUACACGGCAUCAGUGAGGACACAGCCCUCAGGAUCCAAGGCAUUCGCAACGUGCGACUCGACAACAAUCCUUUGAUAUGCGACGAGUGUCACAUGGGGAAAUUAAUAAAUGUUGUGCGCCAACUGCAGUGGAAAUGGGAUACGUAUCCCAUUUGCUUUUUGCCAAAAAGCCUGAGAGGUGCAGAAAUAAAUAAUUUGGACAUCAACGGGCUGCACACGUGCCUGACUUUCAUCACCGACGAGGAGCAGAAUGCCGCCAGCACUUCAUAUAACUUUCUUGAGCACGGCGGUCUCAAUACUCUGGCCAUUCUGGGUGGCAUCAUCUUUGUUCUAAUUGCUGUCAUUAUACUUUCGCUGGUGGCCUGCUUCUCGAAAAAUCGGGCUCGUUACUACACGAGAGAGGACCAUCUGAAUGGCAGCGAGAGCAAGUGCCUGGAAAAGAACCUGGAGGCGACCACGAUUACAACGCUGGGCAAUGGCAGUUCGCCCACCACGACGACCACUCUGACCCUGGCCACCUCGCCGUCUGCGCAGAAUGGGAAAAAAUCGGGAGGAGAAGUCGUGGCUCUGAGUCCUGCCAACGGCAGUACGCCAGUUCACGGAACUCAGGGAUUCCCCGAGGACAAGGGCAAGGAAAUCAACUUCACCUUCCCCGUCGACGAUCGCGUUUGCACAAUUGACGAGCUGAUGCCGCCGCCAUCGAAUCAGCAUCCCAAUAUGGGCAGCCUGAUGUACAGUGUCUCCCAUUCGCCGAACUCGGCCACAACCCUGGCAGCCGUGGCAGCGGCGGCCACCGUCAUUCCCCCCGGAGCUCCCUCACCGAUGCCCAUGCCCACGCCGGCGGAGGCGGUGGUCGUGGUGCUGCCACCGCCGCCACCACCACCGCAGCUGCACCAGCACCACCACCAACAGAUGGACGGCAGCCUGGCCAGCUUGCGGGAGGUUCAGCAGCAGCUGGUGCAUCUGAGCAGCACGCUGGAACCGCUGGUCAGCGUCAACUGACCCAGGGGAACCAUGGGAGCCACCUCGUCCUCCGCCGCAUCUGCAAUCGCCAUUGCAUCCCCAUCCGCGACCAGGUUUGCCAAGCAAACAGUUGGCACCACACCGACGUAGGCCGCUGGAGAGUUGUAGUUGGAGUUUGCAGUUUGUAGUUUGCAGUUUGCGCGGCAAACGUUACGGAAAACGGACGACGGGGCGUAUAAUUAAUGGCCAUGCGGGGUCGCAUUGAAGUGCAGUAAUUAGGAUUUGAGUUUCGCAAUUAAGUUCAUUAAUCACUCCAGACGACGAUCAUCAUUAUAUUCCUCUUUUUUUUGGCCCAUAACAUCCCAUUGGGAUGCGGCAAAAAUUAAUCCAUACUGCCAUUCUCACAAUUAACGAACUUUACCAGUGUUUCACUAAGAUACUUGUAAUCUAAUUUUAAUGUUUUUUAUAUGCGCAUCUGUAUAUAAAACUGGUCUACGUUUAGGCGAGAAGAACCACGAUUCAUUUUUGACACAUUUCAAAUGUGAUAAAACCGAACGUAUUCUGUACAUAAGUAUUAAGGCAGACGAACCAUAAAAACUGAGUGUGUAAUCUUUAAGCGAACGACAUAAUGUUAAGCAACUUGUAUAUUUGGCCAAUGCGAUUCAAAAUUGAGCAGCCGCUGUUUGAGAAUUUAAAAAGUAAACAUUAAAAUAGCACGUAGUUAGAGGCAUAGAUUUCCCAAACACAUACAAUUACACAUAUAAACCUAGUGAUUAAGGCAUGUCAAAGAUAUAAUGUUGAGAACCCAAAUUAAAACCAAGUAAGCUGAAAUCAGCAAUCAUUCAAAUGGAACCCCCACUAGAAGCCCGAAACGAUUUUAGGUUAACCCCCGAAUCAAUAACAGAACUUGGCAUUUUCACGUAUUCUUAAGUCGGAAAAUUGUAUUUAUUUUACACAGCAAUAACCGUAAUCCAUAAUAAAGUGUGACUGUUUAUGAAACCAAAAA